CAUGCCUUGCCACGAACGAGGUACAUACCGGGCCGGGAAGGAGCACGGCAACCUUGACAUAGAACGUUGUCGGACCGGGAUGCGGAGCUUGGUCCUCCAGCCAUUGCAACUAACGCUCGGCUAUCCUCGUGGCAGCUAGCCACGAUGCGGUUUCCUUUCGCUCGGUACUCCUGUUACUAUGUGGUAAUUUUGCUGGCUUCUGAUGUGACCAGUAGCUCAAGAGGUUGUCCGCAAUUUUCCGGGAGGACAUGCCUUUCUCCCAGCGUUACUGGACUAAUAAAUGACAGCGUUCCACUCCUCGUACCCCACUGCAGUUGGUUGGGGGUCCUUGAGACCAAUCAGCAAGCAUAUGGUUCAAGCUGCAUCAUGGUCCUAGCUUCCCUUCAGUUGAGCUCGAUAGGUUUACCGAUCCCAGUACGAUGAGGUCAUGGAGCCCGCUACUCCUUCCCCAGCUGUGUCCAUAUGACUACUAGCGCCCUGUCAACUGGCA